UCAUAUUACAGACUUGUACGAUCACAUCCUGCUUCAAGUUUACGUAGAUUCUGCCUUGGAUUAUUUUACCAUUCAAGUUCUCCAAACGGGAUUGUCACACAUAAACGAGGCAAACUAUGCGUAUAAACUUGAAACGGGGCAAACGUGUGGUGCGAUGCGGUGGACGAGAUCAUCAUGUUGGAUUCAAAUUUUACUUGCUGCCUGUGUUACCUCGUCGCCUGGUGCGACAACAGAUUCGGUAUUGUCUGCCUUAAAAACUGAGACAAGUUCCGCUUCAACCCCCUCAGUAAAUAUCGCGACGACGGACGUCCGAAGAUUCGACGCUCUUCUACCGGGGGAGGAAGAAUAUGGAACCGACAAGAGUAACGAAACCGACGUAUCGUCGAGUAUCAGGAAAAGGCGAUACGUUAGAUUCCCGCCAAAUAAUGGCUACAAAUUCGAAGAGUCAAAUCCGAUGAGCGGAGGUUUUAUCAAAUCUUACCAACACGCGAGACAACUGCCGUACCCAGUUUGGCCGGAGUACAAAUCCGCCUGGCGAAAUCCUGUCAUGGGACAUCGAACGCCGCGGUUAAUUUUCCGUGACGAUUACUCCAGAGGAUCUGGCAGCAGUGGUCCCAUUUUUUUAUCCAACCAACUUCAGGAUUUGGAGGACACCUACCGAGAUCAAAGGAAACAAGUAUCGUUUAACGAUUACCCGAGACUAGAUAUCGAGUGCGGAAUAUCCGUUUCGAAGCAAACGGCACAGAGAAGAAUCGUCGGAGGGGACGAAGCAGGUUUCGGGAGCUUUCCGUGGCAGGCUUACAUCCGCAUCGGUUCCAGUAGGUGCGGAGGAACGUUGGUAAACCGAUUCCACGUUGUGACAGCCGGUCACUGCGUCGCUAAAGCGUCGGCCCGACAAGUACAGGUGACCCUUGGAGAUUACGUUGUGAACUCUGCGGCAGAACCACUUCCGGCUUACACAUUUGGCGUGAGAGAAAUCCGGGUACAUCCUUACUUCAAAUUCACACCACAGGCGGACAGAUUCGACGUAGCUGUUCUCCGGCUGGACAGGCCGGUUCAUUACAUGCCACACAUUUCACCAAUCUGUCUUCCGGACAAAAACGAAGACUUCCUCGGACAGUACGGAUGGGCAGCCGGCUGGGGCGCACUCCAAGCGGGCUCCAGAUUGCGACCGAAAACUCUCCAAGCAGUAGACGUACCUGUAAUUGAUAACCGAGUCUGCGAACGGUGGCAUCGUUCGAACGGAAUCAACGUUAUAAUUUACGACGAAAUGAUGUGUGCGGGCUACAGCGGCGGUGGCAAAGAUUCUUGCCAGGGUGACAGCGGAGGACCGUUGAUGUUGGAGAAAACAGGAAGGUGGUAUCUGAUCGGAAUCGUUUCGGCUGGAUAUUCCUGCGCGCAGCCUGGACAGCCUGGAAUUUAUCACCGAGUAGCGAAAACCGUCGAUUGGAUAUCGUACAUCAUUAACUCGUAGCACGAUCGAGCGGGGAUCUAGAAAAAUUCAAUUUCGUCCAGGAAUUGUGGAACCUAUAGAAACGAGAAUGGUCAACCGUGCGACACCAUCCACGUUAGAAAGAAUCAGAUGUCCCGAGGAAAGUGAGGAAGGAUAAAAAAAAUCUCUCUCUGAAUUAACGCUUUCCAGACCAAGGAACUAGAUGCAAUUACAUACCUCCCACAGCUCGACGUUAUUCAAUAGGCACGGUGAACAGAAGUGGACGAAGUUUCCGUGUUGCGAUCGUGGAAACGGUCUUGUGAGAAAAGAAAUGAACUCCAUAUAAUAAAUGCGUAUGGUAAUAGGAUAAAGUGUGUAUGAAUUUUCGUGAGGUGAUUUUUAAAAGCAUUUGAGAGUUUCUACCGAUUAUCGUUGAUUAUCGGAGAUACUAAAUUGUUGUGUCGAUGUUUUGACAUGUCUAGUAUUGCACAAGCAAUUUGUUAAUAUUUUUUAUGAAUAUCGUAUGAUAGAACCCCCAUUAACUGCAAAUGCUUAGCAACUUACGUAUGUAUGUGAAAAUGUGAUUUUUGUGAUUUGAUCGAGCUCCACACUAGUUUUCCUUCGAUUGCGUUGAUCGAGGACGGUGAAGUGAGGAAAAAGGUGAGAUUUAUCAAAUUUCAGGCAUGAUCGAUCGAGCUAAGGUAAAGUUGAUCAAUAAUUCUUAGUUAUUUUCAUAUGAGCAUACGAAAACGAUGCCGUGAGAUCUACGUCAUUUGUAAAAUAUAAUAACUAUUAUUUUAGUAUAGAUAACAAAUACUAGAUAGAGUAAAGCUUUAUAACGAAUUAACGUCGAAGGACCCAUAUUUAUAUAAAACUAAUUUUAAUUACGUAUAAUUAUUUUUUACCCGAUAAGUAUUUACUAUAGAUAUGAAUAAACCAUGCAUUGGCAUAAUUUUACAACGUA